AUGGAGAAGUGGAAACAAACUAUUUAUUAACCUCCAAGCCUAUUUUUAGAAAGAAAACGCACAGCACUUUAUCGAAGACUUGAUCCAUUACUUGUGGCUCCAUUAACAAAGUUUGAUCACAAAGCUUAUGACUAACUAUUCAAAUCCCAAGCUAACUAACAUCUGAGAAUCAGAAAUCUUUCAUUACAAUCAGAUAGAGUGCAGGAGACGCCCAAAUAACUGGGGCUGGAGGACAUUGUGUACAAAUUAUAAAAAAUACGGAAACUCAGGAAUACUUGA